GUAACUAAGAUUUGGUGGUUUGUGUUCGAAUCAGAGAAAGAAUCUGAUUCACGUGGAUCGGAUCGGAAUCUGAUUCAUGAGUGCAGGACUGAUUUGCUAGACUUUGAUAGCUUAAAGGAAUUGUUUUUGGAGGAAUAUGGCGGUGACCCGAUCCAAUGUUGGCUCCCUGCCGAAUUAGCUUCUCAAAAAUCAUGGGAACAAUAUGCGGAGGACUACUGUUUCGUCGAGAAUACCUACUACAUUCCAUUGGAACAAAAUAUGCCGCAAAGCGAGAAACACCGUGACGAGAAACUUAUCACUUAUUAUCAAUGGGUACCAUUCACGCUGAUGCUGCAAGCAAUGUUAUUCGUAAUACCUCACGUCUUCUGGAGAAUGCUCAACUGGACUUCAAACGUGCAGACGCGUGCAGUGAUAUCAAUGACGGACAGUGUACGCCAAAUGGAUCCUUGUAGUGAAGAAGCGCGUGAUAUCGUUGACGCUAUCGCCAGUCAUAUUUAUCACGCUGAUAAAUGCACCAAGCAUUUGCAAGAAAUAUUUCAGAACAGUAGUUUGUUUGUCAUCUUUACAAGGUACCGUGCAGCACAUCAGUUUCGAGUGGCACUACAUGACGUGCAGUUAACUUGUCAGGCUCGCAGUCGAGGACUGCAUGCGUAUCUGCAAAUUUACUUGAUUCCAGUUUUGGUUGGUGUCACUCUGCUUGGGCGGAAAUGGAUACGACUUGACAAAGGCAUUGGUAAAACACCGAACUUGGCAGAGUACCGGUCUUUUCCCGAGAAUUCGUGUUAUGGGCAACGUACACCGCCAUACUAUCCAGUGCGUCCUGAUGGCGAAUAUGUUCAACGAGAAGAUAUACAUUGCUCUGUGGUGCAGCCGCAAGAAAAAAUGACAAGCCAUUACACACAGCUGUUUGUUGAGCAGUUCGCCGGCGACACAACAUUGGUGUUAAGGCUGGUGACGCAAAAUACCAGCGAACUAGUCGCAAGUAACGUCGCUGCUCGUUUGUUUGACAUUUUUGUCAAGAAAAGUGAGGAAGAAGAAUUGAAGAGCUGUCGUAGUGAGGAGAACCCCAAAAAGACAGCCUUCUCAACAUCAGCGUCAUUCCCCGUGGUACCAGAGGCAAUGGUCUGUUUCAUUCUCACUGACCCAUACUGUCUUCGAAAGGGUAGUCUCAUCCAUUUUCAAAUGCCCUUCAUGACCUCUCAACCGGGUCUAUCACAUAGAUAUUGGACAGAGCCUGGGAAGUUGUUGGAAACCUAG